CCUUCCAUAUAAACCACCCACAAUCCCUCGCAAACAAAUCCCAUCGGCUUCCUUCCCCAUCGUCCUCCUCCCAAUCCCGAGAGCACAACAAGAGCAGAGCAGCAAGAAGAAGAAGAAGAAGAAGAAGAAGAUGGGGUCCGCGAGCCGCGCCGUCUCGUGCCUCUGCUGCCCCUGCAAGUGCCUGGCCUGCGGGCUCUUCAGCUGCCUGUGCAGCAUCCUCAUCUCCCUCCUCGUCUUCGCCGGCGUCCUCGUCCUCAUCCUCUACCUCAUCUUCCGCCCCCACAUGAUCGCCGCCACCGUCGACUCCGCCUCCCUCGCCACCUUCACCCUCUCGCCCACCUCCUCCCUCGCCUACAACCUCACCGUCGGCAUCACCGUCCGCAACCCCAACAAGCGGGUCGGCCUCUACUACGACAACGUCGAGGCCCUCGCGCUCUACAAGGACCAGCGCUUCGGAUACGCCCCGCUCGACUCCUUCUACCAGGGCACCGAGGCCUCCACCAAGCUCACCCCGGGCUUCCACGGCCAGCAGCCGCUCCAGGGGGACGUCACCGCCGCCGAGUUCAGGAAGGAGCAGACCGACGGGAACUUCGCCAUCAACGUCGGCCUCAACGCCAAGCUCAGGGUCAAGGUCUGGGCCUUCAAGGUCCCCGGACCCAAGGCUAAGAUCACCUGCAAGCUCUCCGUCCCGGCGCCGGGAGCCGCCAACGGAUCGCCGUUCCAGCCCACCGACUGCAAACUCUGGUAGAGGAUGUUGUUGGAUUAUUCUGCUGCUAGCUAGUAUGGAUUCUGUCUGUUCUUCGUCUUGGAUUAUUUGUUGGUGAGACUGGUGGGAGGAUUAUUUGUUGCUGUACAUCGCCGGCUGCUCUACCAUGGAUAUGCACAUAUUAGCCUAUCCGAUCCAUGGAUGACUCUUUUGUUUUGCCAUUUCAUUGAUACUGCUACUAGUAUACAUUCAUCUAUCAUACUACUGCUGUCGAGACUCCA